AUGUCGUCUUCUUCUUCAUUUUCUCUUCACAAACCCUCUGCCACUGCCUCUUCUUCUGCUGCUUUUUCUUCUUGCUCUGUUUCAGUUUUGAAACAGGACAGGGGGGGCAGCUGUGAGCAGGCUCCGGGGAGGCUCAUGAGGCAGAGGAAGCUCCGCUACCUCAGCAACCUGGACCUCAGUUUCUCUAGUUCUUCUCUCACUUCGCCUGAACAUUCGUCCCCCUUGCCUCUUACUGAAUCUCCUGUGAUCGGCAGAUCCAACUCUGUGCAUACAUAUAGAAACCAGAUUGCCACAACCUCAGCAAUCCAGAAUUCUAAUUCAAGCGUUUGUCAAGGGGCAUUAUAUAAUGGUGGGGGUUUUAGUUACAACAUGGGGCUGAAUGCUUUUUCUAGGACAACUCAAGCAAAUCGAAUCGCAAGUCAUCCUCUUGCACCACAAAGACCAGACAUUGUGUGUGGUUUUCCUAUACAUGUUGCUACCACUUCAUCCAUUAAUCGUUCAAGCAUUUGUCAGAGGAGAAUGCCAGAAGAUCUUGAUUGUGGAUAUGAAGGUUACAACUUCAGUAGGAGUGCUCCAACAAGUCCUUCAUUUAGCCCUCGAAGAUCAAAUGCCAUGGAUCCUUUUCCUACUUUUGGGGUUUCUCAAGAACAAUAUCAGGAUUCCCAUCCUUCAAGAUUACAACCAAACAAUCCUCAUCAUAGUCCCAGUCAUAUUUCUCAUCCUCACAGCCCCACAUCUCGAAGUCUACGCUUCAACCACGAAAGUUCAAAUGGAAAUGCAUUUGCGUUGCAUCAUAAAUCAUUUACAGAAAGGGCUGAAAGUAGUAGUCAAGUCAAUGCUCACCCUUUGCCUUUGCCUCCUGGAGCAGUGGAACCACCAGAGUCAUCUAUCAUGCAUCAUAAUGCAGAACUUGUAUCCACAUCAUCAAUGAAAGCCCAAUGGCAGAAGGGAAAACUUAUUGGAAGCGGUACCUUUGGUAGGGUUUAUCUUGCAACAAACCGAGAUACGGGGGCCUUGUGUGCAAUGAAGGAAGUUGAUCUCAUUCCCGAUGAUCCUAAGUUUGCUGAAUGUAUAAAGCAAUUGGAGCAGAUUGAUGAUCACUUCUACAUGUACUUGGAGUAUGUUCAUCCUGGAUCAAUCAAUAAGUACGUCCAAGACCAUAUUAUUGGAGCUAUGACAGAAUCUGUAGUUCGCAAUUUUACUCGCCAUAUCCUCUAUGGGCUGGCCUUUUUGCAUAGCAAGAAGAUAGUUCACAGGGACAUAAAGGGUGCAAAUUUGUGCGUUGAUACAUCAGGAGUUGUUAAAAUUGCUGGUUUUGGGAUGGCAAAACGACUUAACGGACAGUCAAACAAUCUUUCUCUGAAGGACAGUCCAUACUGGAUGGCUCCUGAGGUCGUAAUACAAAACAAUCCAGAUCUUGGUUUGGCUGUUGAUACAUGGAGUUUGGGUUGUACCAUCAUUGAGAUGUUGAAUGGAAAACCUCCUUGGGGUGACUUUACAGGAGCAACCUUUGCUCUGUUUGAGCAUAGCUUUGUUGCUUUCUUAACACCUCCUUGUCUUUCUAUCUGUCAGCCUCAAGCUAUGUUCAAGGUUCUGGACAAAAUCCCAGAUAUACCAGAAACAUUAUCUGCAGAAGGAAAGGACUUCCUCAGUCGGUGUUUUCGUAGGAACCCUGCAGAGAGACCAUCAGCUAAUCAGCUACUUGAGCAUCCUUUUGUACUAAACUCACAUGAUCAAACUAUCUCACACUAUGCCCACAAUUUUUCUCUGAUGAACCUGGAUAACUUGCAUAGUCCUAGAGACCAAACUAAGCUAGAAAAUGGUCGACGAGGGAGGAAUAUGAAAACCUGUCAGCGGCUAAAGACGAAGAGAAAAGGGCAAGCCUCAUGA